AUGGGAUCUGAAUCCGACAUUACGGCGACUGAACUGCGUCGCCUCGACGGCUCGCCGCGCACCGCCAGCCUUGAGCUGCGCGUUGAAGAUGGCAACGGCCAUGAGAUGCCCAGUCUGCCUCCGGUCGACCGCGGCAAGGACGCCUGGCUUUUCCUCGCAGCAUGCUUCAUGCUUGAGGGCUUAGUCUGGGGUUUCGGCUACUCCUUUGGCGUCUUCCAGAGCUACUACAGCAACCAUCCGGCCUUCGCGGGAGAAAGCAACAUAGCCGUUAUCGGAACCUGCGCCUUGGGGAUAAUGUACCUCGACACGCCGGUAAUCAUGUACCUCCACCGACGCUUCCCGCGACCUGCCCGGUACGCCACCAUCGUCGGCCUGCUAAUCAUGUGCCUGGCGCUCGCCCUGUCGUCCUUCUCGACGACCGUCACGCACCUGAUCGUGACCCAGGGUAUCUUCUACGCCCUGGGCGGCUCCAUCGCCUACUCGUCCUGCAUCAUCUACCUGGAAGAAUGGUUCUCGGCCCGCCGGGGACUCGCCUUCGGCAUCAUGUGGAGCGCCACGGGCCUGUCGGGCGUCGUGCUGCCCGUCCUGCUCGAGUGGCUGCUCUCGACACGCGGCCACGAGACGACCCUGCGCGUCUUUGCCUGCCUCGUCUUUGCCCUCACCGCGCCGCUGGCCUACUUUGUGAAGCCCCGCCUGCCCGUCGCACGCUGGCGCAAGGGGGCCGGCGCGGCCCCCACGCGCGCCAGGCCGUUCUCGUUGCGCUUUGUCGUCGAGAGGCCGUUUGUCAUGUACCAGGCCUUCAACGUGCUCGAGGCGGUCGGAUUCUUCUUGCCGGGUAUCUAUCUGCCGUCGUAUGCGCGGUCGGUGCUGCAGGCCGGGCCGUGGCCAUCGGUGGUGGCCAUGAUGCUGGUCAAUGUCGCCAGCGUGUUUGGGUGCGUCGCCAUGGGGUCGCUGAUUGAUCGGCUCGAGGUGACAAAGUGCUUCUUGGUGUCGACGGUUGGCGCGACGUUGGGGACCUUCUUAUUGUGGGGAUUGUCGGUCAACCUGCCGGUGCUGUAUCUGUUUUGCAUCGUGUAUGGCUUGUUUGCCGGGUCGUAUACGAGUGCUUGGCCGGGUGUGAUGAAAGAGAUCACCAAGGCGCCAGCGGAUGGAUCCGAUGACGAGAGGGGCAACGAGCACGGAAAUUUGGCCGACCCGAGCAUGGUGUUUGCCUUUCUGGCCAUGGGCCGCGGAAUCGGAAAUGUCGUCUCGGGCCCGUUGAGCGAGGCGCUAGCCCACGCCAUGCCAUGGAAAGGACAGGCUUUUGGCGGGUAUGGGAGCGGCUACGGGGGACUGAUCGCAUUUACAGGAGCGACUGCCGCCUUCGGCGGUGGCAGUUAUCUCUGGAAGAGGUUAGGUUGGCUGUGA